CAUAGGACGGCGCCGGUAGUCCCGGAGACUGCACGUGGGCUCGGAUUUGGGAUAUUUUCCGGCUGGGCCAUGGAUACGCCGGUGAGGCGCAGCCGGCGGCUGGGAGACCUAAAGCGUGAGUCUCCCGAGAGCCCCACCUCGGUUUUGCAGGCGAGACCGGCCCUUGUGGAAUUCGAGUCGAAUCCAGAAGAAACCAGGGAGCCCGCGUCUCCUCCGCGUGCGACGCAACCCGGCCUGGAGUCCCCCGAAAGUCAGCCGGAGACGUGCUCAGGAUCACCCAGUCUACGGCCAGGGGUAGGCCUGGGGUCUCCCCGAAGGGAUUCGGGCCCAAGGUCUCCCCAGGGUCAGCGAGAGGCAGGCCUGGAGUCUCCCCGAAGACAACCACAGUCGAGUCUUGAAUCCCCCCGACGUCAGCCAAAGCCAGGUGGGGAGUCACCAAAGAAGUUCUUCCAGAGCCAAGAAGAACCGGACGCGGAAUUGGCCCACAGUAGGGAAGAGCUGGCCGGGGGGUCCCUCCGACGUCAGCUGCAGCCAGGCCCAGGAUCGCCAGAGCCUAACCCCGGUCAACAAGCGCCGGGUCCCGAGCCCUCGCCGCCGCUGCAGGACCUGACGCCUCAGUCAGCUGACCCCACGAAGGGUCAGUGCCAGCCACCUCCUGCCGCGGCUGGGAAGCCGGAGAGAGACGGUCAGUGGCCAAAGAAGCGAAAAGGAUCUUCAACCCAGGCCCCAGCGCCCAAGAAAUUGAAGGAAGAGGUGGAGAUUCCUGUAAUCCCGAAGGGAAAGCCCAAGUCGGGGCGCGUGUGGAAGGACCGCUCCAAGAAGAGGUUCUCCCAGAUGGUUCAGGACAAGCCCCUGCGCACAUCCUGGCAACGGAAGAUGAAGGAACGGCAAGAGAAGAAGCUGGCCAAGGACUUUGCCCGGCACCUGGAGGAGGAGAAGGAGAGGCGCCGGCAGGAGAAGAAGCAGCGCCGGGCCGAGAACCUGAGACGCCGCCUGGAGAACGAGCGCAAGGCAGAGAUAGUCCAAGUGAUCCGAAACCCCGCCAAGCUCAAGCGGGCGAAGAAGAAGCAGCUGCGCUCGGUCGAGAAGCGGGACACUCUGGCCCUGCUGCAGAAGCAGCCGCCGCAGCGGCCCGUGGCCAAGGUCUGAGCUGAGGCCAGCCCAGAGGGCUCCUGCAGCCAACCACCCACCGUGUCCGACGUGGCGCCUCUCAAGCCACUGGUCGCCCGCCUCCACUGGACCCGGCACCCCAGCUCUGGCUCCUGCACAGGGGCCCCACUCCAGAGGGGGCUCGGAUUCUUUGAGGGCGCUUAGGCAGGUGUCUGUGAGACACAGGCCCAGAGAGGGCCUGGGACCUGGCAGAGAGGAGGGGCUGGGGCGGGGGAAGAGGUUCGGGGCCCUCCUCUCUGCUUCCCUCCUUCUCCAAGUGCCUUCAAACCGGGGAGAGUAAGUUCUUCUGGUUCCUCAGGGAGCUAGUGACUGAAGCGUGACUCCCCUGGAUGCGAAAGUCCCGGGUCGAGGUCCUGGGUCCCCCCCCAGGCCAGGAGGCCGUCAGUCGGGAAUCCAGCCCCACCGUACCUUCCCGAAGGCUGCUUUGGGUCCCUCUGCACCCCACUGACCCCCGACUGUGUCCAGCGCCACCCUCUGGGCAACACCGAAAGGUGCCAGUGCGAGGUUGCAGGGAGCGGCAUUCCUCUCCAGCCCCCUCGCCUGCACCGGCCUCGGCGGGCGCCCCGGAGAUGUGAUUGUCUACGACAGAAGUACCGACUGAACCCCUGCCAUGUGCAGGCGCAGACCUGGGUUCCAGGGAAUGCAGGGUCCCUGCCCUUGAGCUCUCACUCUUACAGAGAAAACAUAAUAAAUGAGCAAGGUUUA